GCUCUCCUCCACAAGCAGGAGUCACAGCCCCCGCCAGUCAGCGGCCACUGGGAGCUUCAGAGCAUCAACGGCGAGGAUGACUUCCCUGCUUCUGCUGUGUGUGUCUUUGCCCUUCAUCUCAGCAACUACAUCAUUUGGACACCAUGACGACUUGGACGGCACGCUGCGUGUUAGCAUCCCAUCGGCGGCACCUCUGCGCCCCCUGCUGGGUGGCAAGGUGGUAUUGCCCUGCUACUUCCUGGACAACACCGUCAGCGUCCCGGGCGCCCCGACCAUCGCUCCGCUCUCCCACCGCAUCAAAUGGACCUUUAUCACCAAGGAGAACAUUACCACCGUCCUGGUGGCAACAGAGGGCAAAGUCCACGUUGAGAGGGAUUACCUGGACAGAGUAACGAUGGUCAACUACCCGAUAGUGUCCACCGACGCCUCCCUGGAGAUAACGGAGCUGAGGUCCAAAGACUCGGGCACCUACCGCUGCGAAGUCACGCACGGCAUCGAGGACAACUAUGACAGCGUGGACAUCCAGGUUCAGGGUAUCGUGUUCCACUAUCGAGCCAUCACCACCCGGUACACCCUGACAUUUGAGAAGGCAAAGGCCGCUUGCAUCCAAAACAGCGCCACCAUUGCAACCCCCGCCCAACUGCAGGCCGCCUACGAUGAUGGCUACCACCAGUGUGAUGCUGGAUGGUUGUCUGAUCAGACUGUCAGGUACCCCAUCCAUGAGCCUCGGAAGGAAUGCUACGGAGACAAGGAAAACUUCCCUGGCGUGAGAACCUAUGGUGUGAGAGACGUCAAUGAGACUUACGACGUGUACUGUUUUGCGGAGAAGAUGGCAGGCAGAGUCUUCUACUCCAUGUCAGUAGAGAAGUUCACCUUCCAAGAAGCUGAUGAUCAGUGCACUAAACUGGGUGCCAGACUGGCCAACACCGGAGAGCUUUACCUGGCCUGGAAGGGCGGCAUGGAUGUGUGUAAUGCCGGCUGGUUGGGCGACAGGAGCGUGCGCUACCCCGUCAACAUUCGCAGGCCUCAGUGUGGAGGCGGGCUCCUGGGAGUCCGAACGGUCUACCUGUUUCCCAACCAGACGGGAUACCCCCUCCCGAGCUCCCGUUACGAUGCUAUCUGCUUCCAAGGUCGCGAUGACGAAGGCGCAGUUCCCGGCAGGAUCACUCCUUUCCCAGACAUCAUGAGCAUUACCCCCGCCCCUGGAGUUUAUCCAGGACUGACAACCCCCGCUGGAGGUCAAGAGAUCAAGCAAGGAGGUGUGGACAUUCUCACCAAACCUAUCUCACCUCCUUUUACAGACGCCGCCAUGGCUCCCACUGGUGUGGUGUUCCACUACAGACCCAUUACUGGUCGGUACACGCUGAGCUUUCUGGAGGCCCAACAAGCCUGCAAGAGUAUUGGAGCAGUCAUCGCCAGCCCCCUGCAGCUCCAGGCUGCCUUCGAGAAAGGCUUGCACCAAUGUGACGCUGGUUGGCUCGCUGACCAGAGUGUCAGGUAUCCCAUCGUUUCACCCCGAGAUAACUGUGCGGGCAAUCUUCUUCACCUUCCCGGAGUCCGAUCCUAUGGCCUAAGGCCAGACUCUGAGCGUUAUGAUGUAUUUUGCUAUGUCGAAAGUCUGCAAGGUGAGGUCUUCUUCACCAGCGACUAUGACAGUUUCUCCUUUGAGGAGGCCGUGCAGCACUGUGAGGAACUCAACACCACACUAGCCACAACUGGCCAGAUGUACGCCGCAUGGAACCAAGGCCUUGACAAGUGCCGCCCAGGUUGGCUGAUGGACCGCAGUGUCCGAUAUCCCAUCACAAGUUCCAGAUCCAACUGCGGGGGCGGCCAAGUGGGCGUGCACAUUAUCUACGCUUUCCCCAACCAGACGGGAUUUCCCGAUGAGCACUCGCGCUAUGACGCCUACUGUUUCAAAGCUGAAACACUCGCCAUUGAGACUGACAGCAAAAGCACCAUUGACACCAUCAGUGAAACCAUUUUUGACAAGUUACUGACAGUGGAUGUUAUCAGAAAGACAACGGUCGCAGUCGAUCACGUCAUUCCUACUCUCGAACCAUCGGUGGGUUACAAUGACACCCAAACAAUUCUGAACGCUACAGAAAUCGAAGAGGUUAUCCAAAGGACAAAUAUCACAACCCAGCUAAUUGCACCUACUGUUCCACUUGAUGGUUCUGCAUCUGGAUCAGGCGAUGCUUCAGCCAGUGGGGAUCUUCAAAUCUCAGGCGGUCAUUCAGCCAGUGGGGAUCUUCAGAUCUCAGGCGAUCAUUCAGCCAGUGGGGAUCUUCAAAUCUCAGGCGGGUCCAGCACCACCAGCGGGAGCGGAGCGUCUGGCUCAGGACUGGACGUCACCUUCAGUGGACACACAGACAUCCUGUCAGGAGACCAUUCUGCCUCUGGUGACCCGCAAGGAGCAGAGGGUGGCAGCGCAAUCUUCACCUCAGGAGACGCCUAUAGCGCAUCAGGAUCUGGGUCCGGUUUUGUUGUGUCAGGGUCAGGCUCUGCCAGGGGCAGUGGAGACAUUAGUGGCAGCAGUGGUGACAUUCUGAUCAAUAUACUGGAUGGAAAAGAGAAAGAAUUGGUGAUCCCAACCCUCACUGAGCAGGAGUUAGGUAGUGGAGUCUUGUGGGCGUCAGGUAUGUCCGGGUCAGGAAGCAUGUCUGGAUCAGGAGGUAUGUCCGGGUCAGGCAGUGGAAUUUUUGGUAUCACUUUUACGGUCAAAAGUGCCAUUGACAUGACAGUUCAGCAAUCAGGAGAGCAGGAGUUGUACGGAUCUGCAGAAAUGUCCGGCUCAGGAUCGAUUUCCGGAUCAGGCUCCUUGUCUGGGUCAGGCAUCAGUGGAUUUUCUGGCAUCACCUUUACAGACAGCAGUGGCGUUGACCUAACAGUUCUUCAAUCAGGAGAGCAGGAGUUGUACGGGUCUUCUGAAAUGUCCGGUUCAGGAUCUUUGUCUGGAUCUGGCUCUGGCUCUUUGUCAGGGUCAGGCAUCAGUGGAUUUUCCAGCAUCUCCUUCACAGACAACAGUGCCAUUGACUUAACAAUCCAGCCAUCAGGAGAUCAGGAGUUGUCUGGAUCUCAUCCCUAUGCAUCGGGCUACCCCAGCGGCUUUCAGAGUGGUUUUACAUCUGGUCUUUCGGGCAGCGGUUCUGCCUCUGGCCAACCAACCCAAACGGACGAUGAUGUCAUCUUUCUAACAACUGACGGGAUGAAGGAAGUUACCGUUUCCCCUCAGGUGCAUCAUUCAGAAGAGGGACGCGGGGUUGUAGAAAUUAGUGGCCAGGAAAGUGGCUCGGGAACCCAUCUUCAGAUCUCUAGCAGUGGCGAGCCCUCAACUGCCGGGGUUUCUAUAGCUUUUCCUCCUGGAUCUACAAUGACCUAUCCAGACAACAAUGGAUCAUCUGGAUACGAGGAAGAGGAGGCUACAGUCGUCGUUCUGACUCCAGAUCCUGCGUACGUCAGCCCAACCACAGCACCGUCGAUUUCACUGGCAACACCUCCCGUUGUGGAACAGCCACAAGUAGAAGAGGCUGUACACGGUUGUCCCGAGGGUUGGUUGGAGUUCAGGGGAAGCUGUUACCUCCACUUUGCCGACAGACACACCUGGUCAGAUGCCGAGCAACGUUGCCAGGAACUCAAUGCCCACCUGGUCAGUGUCACAUCUGAAGAGGAGCAGCAGUUUCUCAACUCUAAAGGUCAAGACUAUGAGUGGAUCGGUCUCAAUGACAAAGAAGUCCAGAAUGAAUUCCGCUGGACAGACGGCAGCGCCCUGACGUAUGAGAACUGGAGACCUAACCAACCUGACAACUACUUCAACUCCGGGGAGGACUGCGUGGUUAUGAUCGGGCACGAGGCAGGCCAAUGGAACGACGUUCCUUGCAAUUACUACCUUCCCUUCUCGUGCAAGACUCAACCCGCGGGGUGCGGAGCGCCCCCGGAGGUGGCUCACGGCUCACCGAUGGGCGUCACCAGAGAUCACUACGCCGUCAACUCCAAAGUGCGCUACCAGUGUCAAGCGGGCUACACGCAGCGCCACCUGCCUGUCAUACGUUGCAUGGAGAACGGACAGUGGGAGAGGCCACAAGUGGAAUGCACAGAAACAUCCGGCGGCAACAGGCUACACAAACGAUCGGUGAAGAGCAGAAGUCGAGCAGUCAGCGGCCGACGGGAGCACAGGAAGACGCUUUGAGCGGGACUGAAUGAAGCGCAAGUGAGAUUCACAAAAGGACCCCUCUCGUGGACACCAAGCAUAUUGCCCGACCAAAAAAGGAAAUCCGCCAAUGUAAAUACAAAAGCACUAAAACACAUUUAAACGGUGACGAUGUAACUGACUCACAUUUCUCUCCGUGUCUUUAAUGAAGGCACUUACAUUAUGUUAUUUAUAGAGUCUAAUUUAUAGCUGUAACAAGUUCUCCAUGCACAAGUACUACUGGAGGAGUCAAGGCAAAAGUGUUAUUGAUUGCAAAUGAUAGCGUGUUGCUAUACUAUAUUUUGAGCCCAUUUUAUGUCAGGGUCUGUGUUUGUGCUAUUUGGUCCCCGGGGGCGAUUUUUAAAACAAUUUUAUUUUUGUGUAGUAAAGAUUUGUUUUAAUUAAAUUAAUUCAUACGAUGCUUUUCACAACAUUCAGUUUGUCAGUACAAACAAAUUCCUAGUUUUAAACACAAAGAAAUGAAUUGAAAGUUUUAACUAAGACGUAGUCAUUUUUGGAUUUUUGAAAGAAAAAAAAAAAGACAUUAAUCGAGAUUAAUUGAAGCAUACUUUGUCCCACUCUCACGUUAGAUAAAAUAUUUUUAGGGAAUAAAUAAUGGGCACUUUUGAUAACAUUUUGACAUUUACGAAAACUUUUGCCUUUAGGUUACGUUGCUUUGUGUUGAGCAAAAUGCGAAGAUUCUAAAUUGUCUUGAUGUUAAGGAAAACAUAAAACCAAUUCAAUUUUCUUAAAAUUGUGCAAAAAACAAAAAAAUCGACAAUUAUGUCUUCCCACUCUUGCAUAGGUUUUUAAAAUAACAAAUACCGCUAAAUAUUCCCAUAGUUGAGGAUAAUUUGUCCUUCUUAUUUUUUAAAAAUAAAAUAAUUUUUUGAAACAUUCCAUAUGCAAACACAAAUCCGAAUUCAACAUGUCUGUGAUUGAAAACUCCUAUUUGAAUGGUAAUUGAUAGUAGAGACCCAUCGCUGGCUUUACGCUUGGGACUCGCUGUAAAUAUUCUACGCCACAACUGUGUGAACAGCAGGAUCUGUCAUUAACAUACAAUUUCUUUGUCAUUAUUCAUCCUGUAUCAUUCCUUGUUAUCAAAUGCAGAUGAUGUCACGGGUUACCUAGUCUGUGGAACCGGAUGAAUGUGAUUAGUUUGUUGUGUAGUUUUAAAAUGUGACCCCCAUUUGCAGAACACACUGGCGCACAGAUAGUCCAUUCUUACUCGGUUUAAGUUCUCACAGUAUUAAAAAAAAAUAAAAAAAAUGAUGUGACACUUCUGCAGGGGAAAAAAGUGUUUUAGAAGGCAGAUACAGACUGUGAAGUUGUACGAUCCGAUAUAAGUGACAGCGAGUACAUCGAGCGGACAGUCAAUUUCAUUUUUGAAGAAUAAAACAGGCACCGUAAUAGAAAGAAAUAAAGUCAACAAGUCACUGUGUGGUUGUCGCCAUCCCUGACGUGAGCAUACAGUCUGCUGUAGUGUGCUGCGCCAAAUAAAAAGAUGGAAUCCA